AUGGGUUGGACAGCAGCCCCGCGGUCCGGUUCACUACGGCGCACUGACACCAGCUUAAGGAGGGAAGAGCAGUCGAAGAAUGGCACUAUGGUUCUCCACGACUACAUGCUGUUUUUAUACAGAACCCUCUCCAAACUUCAACCAAGAGACUUUCAUAUUUCACGUGGUGUGGCAUUUGCAAACACUGUGACGAGUUUUGUGGACCAAGGAAAAGACCAGCCAUCUUGGGAGAGCGGUCAGCGUUACAUCUUUGACUUGUCCAGUCUGCCCAGGAUAGAUGAGCUGGUGGAGGCAGAGCUGAGAAUUCUCCGGAAACCUGCAGCAGACCUCCUGACUGCCCUGACCACUGGAGGAAAUCUGUACAACAUCCGUCUGUACUCCUGCUCUCCCUCUGACAGACAGCUUUUGGAUUCCCGAACUGUGGAGGUUUUGGAUGGCGGUCUCCCCAGGUGGGAGGUGUUUGAUGUAUGGUCCAGCAUGAAGGCCCGUCAGAGGAGUCCUACAGAACCACCGCAGGCCUGCUUCCAUCUCCUGGCUUUGUCUGAACAGACCAACGAGGUGACUGACCCACUGCUCCUGGGACUGGGUCGUCAUGCUCGGCUUGCGCAGGAAAAAGCUUUGCUGGCAGUUUUCUCACAUGCUGAUGCAAGUGACAGUCUAUUCAGAGAUUAUGUAAUAGAGAAGAUAAAGAGUGAUGAAGGUGGAUUUAGACUCCCCAAGCCUUUCAAACUGACUCCAAAACAUGAAAAGAAGCACAGAGGGCAGCGUCAGAGGGCCUUGUCCAAACGAUCAUUUGGUGGAACAGGGCGAGGAGCAGCUGCUGGUAGUGGUACUGGAGGGAAAAGCGGUCGUAGGAGGAUCCGCUGCAGCCGUAAACCCCUCAGUGUGAACUUCAAAGAUCUGGGCUGGGACGACUGGAUCAUCGCCCCCUUGGACUACGAGGCGCACCACUGUGAGGGGGUGUGUGAUUUCCCACUGCGCUCCCACCUGGAGCCCACCAACCAUGCCGUCAUCCAAACACUCAUGAACUCCAUGGAUCCAGACAUCAGUCCACCCAGCUGCUGCGUCCCCUCCAAGCUCAGUCCCAUCAGCAUUCUGUACAUCGACGCAGGCAACAAUGUGGUCUAUAAGCAGUAUGAGGACAUGGUGGUGGAGAGCUGUGGAUGCCGGUAG